AUGGAUCUUGGUAGUAGCCCAGAAUCGUAUCAUAUUCAUCCAGUGCCACGUUCUUUAUCAAUAAGUCAUAUGAAAAGAAGAAGCACAUUGUCAUUUUUCAGGAAUUCACGUUCAGCAAGCUUACCUCCAGACUUUCGAAUAAAUAUUAACUAUCAAGAACUUUUAGAAGCAUUUAGCCAUUGUUAUACUUCAUUACCUAUUACAAUUCAUCCAGAAAAUAGUUUAAUUAUUAUGAAAGAUAUGUAUAAAUCAAGAAAAGAUAUGCCAACUACGGUAAUUGCACCUGACGGUUAUAUACCAAAUUCAAAAGUUCGUCUUCAUUUAAAACCUGCAAAGCAAAUUAAGCCUAGUUCAGAAAGUGUGUCAUUUGAUUCUGCAUCUCAAAGAUUUCAUCUUCAUCAGUUGGUUAAAAGAUAUUUGUCUGAUGAAAAAAUCAUGGGAACAUUAUCAUCUAUAGCCUCAUUGAAAGAUGUUUGUCUACUAAAAGCUAUCAUGUCGAAUAAAUUACCUCUUGCAAUCGAAAAAGUACGAGCUGAAUUGGUUACUAGUGCAACGAUAGAAGUUGAAGCUUUAGUAGAACAGCCAUGUGUUAAUAUUUAUGAAGAAGAUAUUUUAGAAGAGGAUGAAACUGCACGAAUUGCAAAAACAGCUAAAAUGCAACAGAUUGCAAAACAACUUACCAAGCAAACAAUUCAACAACUUUUUGAAAAGAAAAUACAAGAAAACUUGGAAAGAAUUGAAGCUGAAAAACAAGCAUUAUCUGAAUCUGAACAAGAUAAAGAACAUGCUCCAGGUGAAGAGGCGCAACAAAAAGAAGAAGAUUCUAUAGAUCGUUUUGGACCAGGUGUUGAAAAGACAAUUGAAAGAAAAAAAGAAGAAGAAAGAACUCGAUCUUUGCCAGUUGAUUUAGUUCAGAAGUAUUUACAAGAAAUGACUGAACAAUGGGGUUCAAUAAACAAAGUUAUGGAUUUAUUUUAUGAAGCAGUUAAAAAGGAUGCAUCGAGUAUUGAAUCACUUGACAAAUAUUUUCGAUCUAGAAAUAUUCGAGUUGGUAUGAUUAAUAGUAUUCUUAGUCCUACAUGGUUAUUUCAUUAUUUAACUAAUCUAUUCGGUGGUCCACGAACACUAAUCGAGCAUAUUGAGACAAUAUUAGAUCCAAAAACGACUAUAGGCGUAAUGCAUAGUGUAAGAACACAGUUUGUAGAAUUUCUUGGUGAUAAACAACGUCUUGAAUUAUUUUUGCAUUCAUUCACUGAAACAAGAAAUAUACUGCAAAAUUAUUUGAAAAAGGAAGGAUUAAGCAAAGAAGAAGCCAUUACUAUAAUUAAUGAAGCUAUUUGUGACAGUUACGAUGCAAAAAAUAAAAUAAGUCAGGCUCUGCAUAUAAAAGAUAUUCAAGAAUUAAUUGAAUCUGUUAAAAUGUGUGACAAUGAGAAAGUGACUAGGUGUAUUGAGGAGUCAGUUAAUUUACCUAAAUCACCACCACCACGCAUAUCUAUAACUAGCAUAGAUGCACUUGAACGACAAAGACGUAAAUCACAAGGUAUCACAGAUGCUAAACCUUCUACUAUUCAGAAGUCUACUGGAGCUGUUGAUGAUACCAAGUAUACACAAAAGAAAAAGUUACCAACUAUCCCUGCUCGCUUAGUGCAUGAUCGUAUUAAACAAGUGAAAAUAAAAACAACACCUGUUACUACACCAAUUCCAAGUGAAAAAGAUGUACGUGAAGAAAGAAAAAGUAUCCGAAAAUCACUUGUAACUACUGAGAAAAAAGAAGAAGUGCCUGUUCCAAAAGAAGAGCAUGUAGUACAGGAAGUUAGUAAAAAGUCAACUACAAAACCGAAACAACCACAAAAAGAGGAUCAUUUGAAAAGUCCGACUAUCAGACAUGAAAAACCAGCAGAAAUAUCUGGAAUAAGUGAAGUAAUGGCAAAAUCUAAGAAAAAACUAGGCAAAUCCAGAACAAUACCAGAAAUAACGAUUAAAGAGGCGGAAGAAGAGAAAUCUGACCAGGAAUUAUACUCAAAACCCUCAGAAGAGGAAGGAGAGGAAAAGAAAGGACUGAAGGACGAAGAAGAAACAUACCGUUCCACUACAUUUGAUGAUAUUUUUGAAGAUAUUUUUGAAACAGAUGAAGAGGAAGAAGAGAGUGAUGAUUAUGUUGCUUCCGAUGGGAGGCACGAGAGGAAAUAAAAGAUAAAGAAGAGGAGGCGAAAAUACAGGAGGACAAG